AGAGAGAGAGAGGGGGGGGGGGUCGGAUUGAAAACAGAUCAGCAGCCUGAAGAUCUCAACCCCGCCGCAUGUCUCCGCUACUACUGGCGAGUGAAGCCAAACUGCUUUACACUCCCAAACUUUAAGGCUUCCCUUAGAAAGCAGUGCGCCACGGGGAGACGGCACGCACGGGCAGACACGCGCAUCUGGGGACACGAUGGAUUGUAAGAAAAAGUUGGACUCGACUUGUUCUGGUGCUGCGCGCUGAACCCCGCUCCGGGACAGACAGAGGACGCGGUAAUGCCGUGCGAACUUUUGAGUGUCUCCUAAACUUUUCUUUCUCUUUUUCUGAACUCGGUUCAUGGAGUUCCGCGUCAAGUCCGGAGAGGCUUGUUCGCCAGCUCGGUACUAGUUCACGGGAAUCCCCCCCUCCAAAAGUUUUCCUCGGGACGAAAGAAAAAGAGUGAGUGGAAGGAAGAGCCCCGGGAAGAGAAAAGAGAAGGCAGCGAAGGGUGUGACGAUAUUGAAGGGCAUCAUGGAGACUUCAGCUCCAACCGCCACUGACAAGAAGGAGUGUAAGGGUUCGGGUCUGGAUGGAAGCAGCUUCUCGGAAAUUCCAAAGAAGCCCUUGUCCGCCACUUUGACCAGAGGGGCCCACCACCUCUUCCCCACCUUCCACACGCCCAUCCCAAUCGAUGUGAGGCACCACGAGGGGCGGUACCAUUAUGAGCCACACCCACUCCACGCCAUGCAUGGACCUCCAGGACUGACGGGCAGCCCAGUUAUCUCAGACAUUUCCCUGAUCCGUCUGUCGCCCCAUGCAGCGCCCGGGACGGGUGACUCACCGUUCAGCCCUCCGCAUCAUUAUGUCAGCCCCCACAUGGAGCACUACCUACGCUCGGUGCAUAGCAGCCCCACCCUCUCCAUGAUCUCAGCCGCCCGAGGACUGAGCCCUGCUGAAGUGACCCAUGAACACCUGAAGGAGCGCACCCUGUUCAGCCUCCCCCCUCCACCGCCGGGCGCCAACCCCACAGAGUACUACCACCUGAUGGCCAGUGCCAGCCAGCGGAGCCCGUACGGCGACCUGCUGAUGCAGAGCAGUGCAGCCGCGGCAGCGGCGGCUGCGGCUGCAGCUCAUCUACCAGAUUACAUCAGCCCCGUGGAUGUGUCACGUUUCUCCAGCCCACGGCUGACACCCCGACUGAGCAGGAAGAGGGCGCUGUCUAUCUCCCCGCUGUCAGAUGCCAGCAUCGAUCUGCAGACCAUGAUCCGCACCUCACCCAACUCUCUUGUGGCCUACAUAAACAACUCCCGCUCCAGCUCGGCCGCCAGCAGCUCCUAUGGACACCUGUCCGUUGGAGGGAUCAGCCCCUCGUUCAGCUUCCAUCAUCCCAUCAACCCGGUGGCGUACCAGCAGCUGUUGUCCCAGCAGAGGAGUCUCAACGCCUUCGGCCACACACCUCCUCUCAUUCAACCAUCGGCGUCCUCCUUCUCUGCUCGCCAACACCCCCUCCCUGCUUCACCUAUGUCCACCUCCCACAACAGCUCGAACUCUGAGGCGAACCAGAAUGCCAGUGGAGACCCCGCAGUCAGUAGCACAGUCAACCCGUUGAUCACCAAGAGGUCAAAGGUUAAGACGGAAGCAGAGGGUUCGCUGCCCAUCUCACCAUCCUCUCAUGACCACUGUGGGGGAGUCUUGGACCUGAGUGAGGAUUUGGAUAAAGACGAGUGCAAACAGGAACCCGAGGCCAUAUAUGAGACCAACUGCCACUGGGAGGGCUGCAGCAAGGAGUAUGACACCCAGGACCAACUGGUUCAUCACAUCAACAACGACCACAUCCACGGUGAAAAGAAGGAGUUUGUGUGUCGCUGGGAGGAGUGUUCACGGGAGCAGAAGCCCUUCAAGGCUCAGUACAUGCUGGUGGUCCACAUGAGGCGCCACACAGGGGAGAAGCCGCAUAAAUGCACGUUUGAGGGCUGCGCCAAAGCUUAUUCUCGCCUGGAGAACCUCAAGACCCACCUCAGGUCCCACACCGGGGAGAAGCCGUAUGUGUGUGAACAUGAAGGCUGCAACAAGGCCUUCUCCAACGCCUCCGACCGGGCCAAGCACCAGAACCGCACACACUCUAAUGAGAAACCAUAUGUGUGUAAGAUCCCGGGCUGCACCAAGCGCUACACGGACCCCAGCUCUCUCAGGAAGCAUGUUAAAACGGUCCAUGGACCUGAAGCCCACGUCACCAAGAAACAACGAAGCGACGCCCCUCCAAGACUGCAGCCCCCCAAAGGCAACGGGGAGAAUGAGGCCAGUUUCAAGCUGGGUGCGAGAGACAUGGACGGCAAGAUUGAGGCCAACAGCACCUCUAGAGGUGUGGAGGACUGCCUACAAGUCAAAUCGAUCAAGACCGAGAACUCUAUGACAUACCAGUCCAGUCCUGGCGGCCACUCGUCAUGCAGCAGCGAGCCGUCGCCUCUCAGCAGCGCCAACAACAACGACAGUGGGGUAGAGAUGGCCCUGCACAGCGGGGGCAGCUUUGGGGACCUCAGCGCACAGGAUGAUUGCCCCAUGGUUGACUCCACUGUUCCCACUGGGGGACAGCAGGUUGGGGUGGGGCUUCAGUUGAGAAAAGCUGUGGGUCAUGGCGGAGCGGUCACCAUCAAGCUGGAGAAUAUUAAGAAGGAAAGGCUGAAAACAGUGACGGACUCCUGCCCCUGGGUCAACUCUGCACCACAGCCGCCGCAGGGCCAACGCAACAACAUGAAGCUGCCUCCCAUACCUGCAGUCGGUUCCCUGCUGGAGAGCUCCAACAUAAUGAGUAACUUAAGCGGUUCGUAUCCUGGCCAGCGCAUGGGUGACCUGUCUUCGUGUGAAGUGACACUGUUGAACCAGCUGAAUGAGCGCCGUGACAGCACCACUAGCACCAUGAGCUCUGCUUACACCAUGAGUCGUCGCUCCUCUGGUAUUUCACCCUGCUAUUCCAGCCGCCGCUCCAGCGAGGCGUCCCAGUUUGGUACCAAUCGUCACAACAACAUCAGUUCGGCUGACUCCUAUGACCCAAUCUCUACCGAUCUGUCUCGCCGCUCCAGCGAGGCCAGCCAUUGUGGAGGUGGUGGUGUCAGUGGAGGAGGCGGAGGGGGUCUCCCAAGCCUUCUUAGUCUGACACCAGCUCAGCAUUAUCGACUAAAGGCAAAGUAUGCUGCUGCCAUUGGUGGAGUUCCACCUACUCCUCUCCCCAAUAUGGAUCGAAUGAGCCUAAGGACCCGCAUGGCACUCUAUAGUGACUCCCAGGAAGGCUCGUCAUACCCAUUCCAUCAGCCAUCCUCUGGAACUGUUCCUCGGCGUUGCAGUGAUACUGGAUAUGGCACACGGAGCAUGAUGCCACAUGAGGUACCCCCCAACCUUCCACGUCGUGCCAGCGAUCCAGUGCGUCGUCCCACACUAGACCCUCUUUCCUUCCCAAGGGUUCAGCGCUAUAACAGCAUGAACAGCAUGAACCCCAUAAAUGGUCCAUCUGCUGACCGCCAUCAAACACUGGCUAUGCAGGGCUACACUCGCUCUGAUGGCAGCCUGCAACGCUACCCCUUUGCCCCUAGACCACCUAGCAUUUCUGAGAAUGUAGCCAUGGAGAACAUGGCAGUAGAUGGGAUGAUGAUUGGGGUGGAGCAGAGUGGGGAGGACGACAUGGUGCUUCCAGAUGAUGUGGUGCAGUACAUUACUUCGCAGAACUCUGGCCCCUCAGGUCACAACUCGGGGCAAGUGGACUGCCAUUCCAACAAUCAGACUCAGGGCUACCAGAUAGGCAUGGCCCCACCGGUAUCAUUUUAUGUGCAGAGGAGGAUGGCAAUGGUGGACGCCAACAUGACUCAGUCUGGUCAGGACAUCCGAUCCUACCAGAUGGGUCCCAGUGGCUCCCAGCAGUCGUUCUCAACACCAUUGGACAAUAUGAAUAAAAAUAAGAUGCCGGUGCAGUGGAACGAGGUGAGCUCAGGAACUGUGGACACCACAACCAAGCUCAGCAAGCAACAACAGCAUCCUCUCAGGGGGAACCUAGCUGUGGUUCAGCAGAGGCAAAAUUUUGGUUCCUUACAGGGACAAGGUCAGGGGCUGGGCAGCAACCAGCAAGUCAUGCCUAUGAGUCAGAAUAUGUCUAUGCAGGGUUAUGCAAACCACAGCAACCAGCGUGUGAUGAACAUCUCCCACCAGCAGCAUCAGCAACAGAGGCAAUGCAACAGUGUAAACUUUAGUGAGCAAAUGAGUCCUCAGCAAGGGUUUGGACAAGAGGCAAUCCCAAACUCUAUAUCUGGAAGCACAAGCAUGAGACCUACCCGGAACAAUAUGGCAGAGCCCGAACUGCAAAGUUGCAGAGCAAGGACACAGGCUGAUGGGUAUUCUCAUGUGAACCAAGCGGAUCUGCAGCAUAAUUACAGCGUUCUGUCCCAGCAACAGCAGCACAAUAUCCAUAAUGGAGGCAGAGGAAUGCUACAACCCAGGCCUCCAAUAGAGCCCAAGUCGAAUGCCAGGCAGCACACAGGGUCUAGCAUGAUGCCACCAAGCCGAAUACCCAAGUCAUCUGAUCUGAGUCUUAGUCGUACUGACACCUCAGAGGCAAGCCCAAAGAGGCCAAAUGGCAACAUCAACUCUGAAAAUCUAAACUCUGCUGUGUUCUACACAGGUCAGAUUCAUAUGUUUGAGCCAACUUCUGUCAGCUUUGAUGCUCCCAUGUCCCCCAGUGCCAGGCAGGCUCCUGCCAGCAACACCACUGCUGUAGCCAACAUGGCCUCACCAGGAGUCAACCACGUUUCCAGCAGUACGGUGGACUCUUCCACUGGUGGAUCUGGUGGCACGGAGCAUGCCCAGAUCGACUUUGACACCAUGCUAGAUGACGGGGAUCACUCCAGCCUAAUGUCGGGCACACUGAGUCCUGGCCUUCUGCAGAGCCUUUCCCAGAAUUCCUCACGUCUCACCACCCCCCGCAACUCUGUCACCCUCUCCUCCGUACCAGCGGGGAUUGGCAACAUGGCCAUCGGUGACAUGAACUCUAUGCUCACAGCCUUGGCUGAAGAAAGCAAAUUCCUCAACAUGAUAAGCUGAGAGCAAUCAAACAUGUCAUCAUCCAUCCAGUCUCAACCCAGGAAUAUAUAGACUACAGAAAGCACUGAUUGAACAAAGUAAAACUGGCUAUUUCAUGCAUUAGUUUCUUCGUUGUCCAUAGUAAUAUGCCUAUCUUGUAAUAUUAUACUUCAGACUAUAAUAUGUUACAUUAAAAAAAAUAGUAAGUAAAGCUAGGCUCAAGGACAAUUUCUAUCUCUAUUUGUUAAAAAGCCAUACAUUUUACCCACGAGUAGCCCAGGGUAUAUAAAUGCAUCUAUAAUCAAUUGCCACUAUUUGCUGGUGUUAUAGCCCUUUACAAAGUGGUGCACUGAAAGUGCUUCACAUACAUGUAUUACCUUGCUGGGGACAUCAAUGUUGAGUAUCGAGUAUGACAUGAAAACAGUUAGCAUGUAAUGGACAUGAUAUGUAGAUAACAGAUAAUAUUUUCUCAUGAAGACCUUUAUGUGUAUAGAUUAAACUGUAUGGUACUUGCUUUAAAUUAUGCUAUAGACUUAAACUAGGGCUGUCAAAUGUACAGUAGAAUUUGGGCACCUACUAUUCAUUCCCAAAAGAAAAGUGACAGAUUUUUUAAUUUUUUUAGUUUGCUUUGUGCUAAUCACAUGGAUUGGAAAAGUAAAAUUCUUGCUACCUUUUAUGUGUACAAUACAAUAUGCUUCAUAGGUAAAGAUACUAACCUUGUACACACUGUACACAUGUUAUGCAAAUUAAUUGGAAAGGUGUACUUUUUAAUUGACAAGGUUUAAAACACUAUGCCAUAGCUCAGAAGGUCAUACUGUACAUAGAAAUGUACUUGUAAUUGUUAUGCAGGCACAUCUUUACAGAACUACAGUUUAUUUAGCUUUUCAAACAUGCAGGUGCUUAAAACACGGAGGUAAUGAACAGUCAAAGCCUAGAAACAAACCAUGCAGGAGUAGAAAUUGAUACAUGCCUGUUGAACAUGAACAGCUACCGCAAUGUAUGUAUGCACUUAAUUCAGCUAUCUUGCAGGAUAAGAAAUAAGCAAAGAAGUGCCAUUAUAGGAACCUGUCCUCUGCACAACCUGUCUUUGUAUUGCUGAGUUUCAACUACACAAAGAUUUUGGAAUAAAGGUUAUUUGUGAUUCUGAGCUAAUAUUGCAUACGUUAAACAUUUAUCCAGACAUUUCAUGAAAUUCAUUAUUAAACCAGAAACCUGUGACUCAUUGUAUCUUAUAUGAAAGCAUUUGGCAGCCUUGGUUUAAAUAUGUGGUUGUACAUUAUGAGCCACAGAUAGUGAGUGAUUUUUUAUCAUGGUCUGAGCUCUGGGGGAUGGCCCUGUAAAAUCAGAUCUCCUUCUUUGCCCUCUGGAUCAGAGGCAUCAACUCACCGUGGUCCCAUUUCACAAGGGUAAAUGAUUGAAAAGGACAAGGAUACGCCUCUGUGUUAGUCUAUCAGGGCACAUGAACCCGUGUCUGAUGAGGAGCAUUCUCUAAAAGAAUAUACAAGUACCUCUGUGUGUUUUCAGUCGAGAUCUGAACCUAAUUAACACAUUCAUACCAACCCCCCCUUUGCCGCUCCCCAUCCUUCCCCUGGGCUCUGGAUGAACUGCAGAGAGUCCUGGAAGGGGCACAGACAUUGAUAAUGAAAUCCUGUUUCAGACAGGAAUGGCCAACUAGCCCUGCAAAUUCCUCAGUUUUAUAAUGUUUGCUGAAUUUCUAAGUAGCCUUUAAAAUGUUUGUGCGUAUGCUAUCAUUUACAUCUACUAUCCUCAGUGUGUGUGGGUUUGUGUGAAUGUGUGUA